UAUGUUUAGCUGUCUAUCCCUGGGAUGUCAAACUCACCUUCUGGACUCCUGAAUUACGACCGCUAAGAGUGGCCACCAGCACUGAAGCCGCCCGCCAAGGACGCCCGCUAGGACAGGCCCCGACCAGGGAGGUCACCAAAAUCACGCACUGCAUUUCGUCCCGCUGCCUAGGGCUAAAUCCCAUGGCUUGUCAUUCGUGGUCAAUAUUCCGAUCCCUCUCCUUUUGUUCAUCUGCAGCAAACCGGAGAAGGGCGUGGCAAGGUAGUCCAACGAUCUUGUUUGGGUGCUCAUACUUGCAGCUGCAGGUCAGUCGCUCGGCCGGACUGUAUCUUGAUCGCUACUACUUGAUAGCAUUCGGGCGGUUGCGAUGGCUCAUUGGCGAGCUAGGCCAUGCCAAUGGGCUGGCAACCUAUCAUAAUCUGGGGAUGGCGAGGUCGAUGCAGCCCCGGCCGCAACCUUUGGCUGCACCUGAUGAUGCGUGCUAUAUUAUCCGAAGGAUUGCUUCGCCCGGCUCUAGAAGGUCACCCUCACUUUCUGGUUGCUCUCUGCUGUGCUUCCAUGUUCUGCGACCUGCCCCAAUGCGCCUGAUGGUGGUGCAUACCACGACGUUCUGGUUUAAGAGACUGUCACACAACGUCAAGCCGUUGGUAAACGUGUGUAGCCUGUGUAGCUCUUCGUAGGCCGCAGGGCUGCUGACUGGAAUUCCCCGGUCAUUAAUUACAUAUGUGUAGUUGGUCUCAUCGAACAAGGAGACACUUGUUGGGCGGAGGGUGCUGGGCUGCCAGCAGUCCGACCGGCCACCGGGUGGAUGUGCUCCAGAGAUGUUUGCCCGUGGCCAUUGAAAAUCGAGAUUGGG